CUCAUCUCAAUCCUCCGCCUCUUUCGACAUCCCCGCAAAAUCCAUACUCCCUCAUCCUCUCUCCUCAUCUUCAAAUGGCGAGCUCAGUGUUCUCCGCCUGCUCAAAUUCCAUCACUGCCCCUAACAAACCCUCAAGUUCCCUUUCUGCCCCCGUCGUCUCCUCUCAGAGAAACUCCAGCUCCCAUCUCAGGUUCUCCUUAAUCUCCAGUUCCCGCAGCCUUCGCCCCCUUAGGGCUCAGAACGCGGAGAAUGACCAGAGUACCAAGACCAAUAGCAUUGUUUGCCGUGAGUGUGAAGGGAACGGUGCAAAACAGUGUACACAAUGUGAAGGAACGGGUGUGAAUUCGAAGGAUCAUUUCAAUGGACAGUUUAAAGCGGGUGGAUUAUGUUGGCUUUGCAGGGGCAAACGUGAGAUCCUAUGCGGUGGCUGCAAUGGAGCUGGAUUUCUUGGUGGGUUUAUGAGCACUUUUGACGAUUAAUCCCAUCUUAUUCCCUGGUGAUGCAAAUGUCUUCCCCCAGAAAUUUCAUAUCAAUAUCAAUUGUGCCUGUAGUUUGUGUAUUUUUAUGGCUUGUAAGAUACUUUUUUUCAAGAUAUGAAUUAUACUAGCCUUUAAAUUAAUUAAGGAAGUAUUGUCAAGAUUUCUAAAGGUAAAAUACAAAGCUCUGGAUCA